AUGGAGAGCAAGGUGCUGGUCGUAGGAGCAGGGCUUGCAGGCCUCAGUGCUGCCCGUGAGCUAUCGCAUCGCGGCUAUGACGUGAUAGUUUUAGAAGCAACAUCCAGAGUCGGUGGGCGCCUUCUCUCUGCCAAAGUGGCCGAAACAGGAGGAGCGGCCAUUGACCUUGGCGCGGCGUUUAUCCAUGGGAUCGAAGACAACCCAGUGGCGGCGCUUGCGCAAGAGCUCGGCCUCACCCUGGUGCCGAUGGACGAUUGUACGCUGUUGGGCAACGACGGUCAACCCGUUCCGGAAGCCAUGGACCAACGCAUCCAGAGGCUUUGGAACCGGGUAUUGGACGAAUGCGCUGAGAAACAGAAACAUAGCAACAAUAACAACAACACCCUUCCCCCUUCCGGUAUGGGGUCGGCGGGUGACGAUUCGCGCGGCGAGACAAGCGAAGAAUCACAUGGCGAGGGCACCAGUGGCGCGGAAAGCGAGCCGGUGGAGCACGAGGGAACGAACAGAGACCACGCGCAAGAGCCUGAUGGAGAUGGCACACACAAGGCGGUACCGAUAGACGCAGCCCAAGAAUCGAAAGGGCCAGUCGGUAGUGGGAGGGUUGGUGGAUCGGUGGAUAGGGUGGUGCUGCAGAGACCUGCACAUGGCACGGACUCCACGGCGCCGGCGAGCCUCGGCAAGGUGCUGGAAGAAACAGCUCGCGUGCACCUCGCCAGCUUCUCCAAGUCGGAAAUGGAGGUUUGGGAUUGGCACCGGGGAAACUUGGAGAUUUCGUGUGGCGCGGACCUGAAUGAGCUAGACCACCUUCACUGGAAUCAGGACGACGAGUACGAUUUCGACGGGGACCAUGUGAUCAUCAAGGAGGGGUACGCGGCGCUUUCGUCGAGAGUUGCGGCGACGCUCGACAUCCGGCUCAACACCGAAGUGAAGAUGAUUCGCCUCGAUGACGCCCAGUCGAACGUGGAGGUGGUGGUUAACAGUGAAGGAAAGGACACGACGCUCCGAGCCGGCUACGUUGUGGUUACACUGCCUCUGGGUGUGCUGAAGGCGCGGCUGGUGAGGUUCAAACCUGCGCUUCAAGAUUCCAAGCUGGCGGCCAUUCGUAGCAUGGGGAUGGGGACGCUCAACAAGCUAGUGCUGCACUUCCCAAGGAUAUUCUGGGACCAAGUUGAUUUCCUCGGACACGCUGGCAAAGACAGACGAAAGUGGCUCCUGUUCAUGGACAUGAGCCGAGUGACCGGUCGCCCCAUCUUGGUGGCAAUGAGUGGCGGGCCGUUCGCUGUGUUGAUAGAGAGGUUAGGCGAUGCGGAGAUCACAAGACGGGCAAUGGACGUCAUCCGACGGAUAUACCCGGACGCUCCUGACCCUGUUUCCUCGCAAACGACACGAUGGAAAACGUCCAAGUUCUCACGAGGGAGCUUCUCUUUUAUCCCACCAGGAUGCAGCGCGGAAGAGUAUGACGCCCUAGCAGAACCCAUCUCCGAUCGGCGGGGCAAACCACGGGUUCUUUUCGCCGGCGAACAUACAACGAAAUACCACCCUUCAACAGUGCACGGCGCGUGGUUGACUGGGUUGCGUGAGGCAACAAGGCUAGACUCCCACGCCAGGGCUGGGUGGCAUCGGAAGGGCAAACGCGACGAUAUUUUCUCGCCAGAUAUCAUGUACGAAACAAGCGUCCUGUUCGAUCCUACUAGGGUUGCACGACGGCCCCGGAAGGGUGUCAGGAGGGGCACGAGAAAAGUUCGCAUCAGGCCUAGCAAACAAUCGGACGGAACUGACUGCCGCCGAUCGCCCAGGAUUGGCUUGGGUCACGGGGAACACCACGGCAAGCGCAGCCGAUCAGAACGGUCAACCACGAGCGAUCGUUUCAGAGAUACGGACGAGCGGCAGAAGCGGUCCUUGAGCAGCCCAGUUCGUGAUUCAGGCAGGCAGGAGCGGCAAGACUACUUCGCCGGCGGUGUGGCGUGA